UCCCAUUCAAAUGUGUGCUUGUGGCAUCCUGACGGCAUCAUGGGGUGCCGAGUGCUGUGUGUGACUCUGCUCGUCCUUCUCGCUGGCUCCUACGUCCAACCGCAAUGUGUCCUCAUCCUGCCCAACGUGCUUCGCGUGGAAAGCGAGGAGACCAUCAUUCUAGAUGCACAAGGAAAGCAUUCUUCAUUCGACGCUGACAUUGAGAUCCAGGACUUCCCUCAAAGGAAAUUCUCCCUCGCUAGCACCAAGGUUUCCAUUAAUGGUGACAACAAUUACCUGGGGAUCGUUAAAUUAACGGUUCCAAGCAAAGAUUUGCUGAGAGACCCAAAGAAAAAGCAGUUUGUUUAUGUCACUGUGAAGUCUCCUUUCUGUUCUCUGGAGAAGGUCGUCCUCUUGACGUUCCAGAGUGGAUAUAUUUUCCUACAGGCCGAUAAGACCAUCUACACGCCAGGAUCUCUAGUCCUUUAUCGUAUCUUUACCAUGGACUACAACCUACAACCAUUGUCCAAGGCAGUAAUCGUCGAGUUCCUGCAUCCGGACGGGAUCAUUGUAAAGAGAGAUACUGUACGUCAUCCCAGUAAAGCAGGGAUUAUCUCCCUGUCCCAUCGGCUGUCUGAACUUGUGAGUUCGGGGAUAUGGACAAUCUCUGCAAGGUAUGAAGAUUCCCCUCAGCAGAAUUAUACCGCAAAGUUUGAGGUCAAGGAAUAUGUUUUACCCAGCUUCGAAGUUUCCUUGUUGCCAUGGCAGAGGUUUUUUUACUUUGAUGAUGAAAACUUUGAAGUGGCUAUUAAAGCACAGUUCCUCUAUGGAAAGCCUGUGAACGGCAAAGCCUUUGUACUGUUUGGGGUGAACGUGGAUAAUAUAAAAAGAGGACUCCCAGAUACUCUGAGAAGAGUAUCGAUUUCCGAAGGGGAAGGAGAAUGCAAGCUGAAGAGAUGUGAUCUUGUUAAAUAUUUUAGGCAAGAGGAGGACAUGGUGGGACGCACUUUGUAUGUGUCAGUCACCGUCAUCACGGACACAGGCAGCGACAUAGUGGAAGCUGAACUGGACAAUAUCCACAUUGUGAAAUCUCCUUACAAAAUCCUUUUUACGAAAACCUCCAAAUAUUUCAAACCCGGGAUGCCCUUUGAUGCCAUGGUGUUUGUGACAAAUCCUGAUGGUUCUCCUGCAAGUAACGUACGUGUGAGGGCCGAACCCGAAAAUGUCGAAGCAACGACUCAAGCAGAUGGUACCACGAGGCUGACCGUUAACACGCCUACAGGAAUAAACUCUCUGACGAUAACCGCCAAGACAGCAGAUCCUGCUUUACUCUCAAACCGGCAGGCUUCGGCAACGAUGACAGCCACGGCUUACAAACCACUCGGUGGGAUUGAGAAUUACCUGCAUAUCGGUAUCGCCGGGACGGAGCUGAAACCUGGAGAGAGCGUCGCCGUGAAUUUUAACAUCAGGAACAGUGAUGCAGAAACUCAAAACCAGAUCUCACAUUUCACCUACUUGAUCAUAAACAAGGGCAGAAUAAUAUCUGUAGACAGAAAGAUUCGGCAGGCGGGUCAGUCCCUCGUCACCAUGUCACUGGAAAUCACCAAAAUCCACAUCCCGUCCUUCCGUAUUGUGGCGUAUUACAUCGUGCAGACCAGCGCAGGACGUGAGAUCGUGUCAGACUCCGUCUGGGUGGACGUGACCGAUACUUGCAUGGGGACGCUGGUGGUGACCGGUGAUAAGGAAAGUGACAAUAGAGUCCAAUUCCCUGGAUCCCAGAUGAAGCUGAGACUAAGAGCGGACCACGGGGCCAGCGUGGGACUGGUCGCUGUGGACAAAGGUGUCUUCGUACUGAACAAUAAGCUUAAGAUCACACAAACCAAGGUUUGGGACUCCGUGGAAAAGUCUGACAUCGGCUGUACUCCUGGCAGUGGCGCCGACAGCAUGGGGGUAUUUUUUGAUGCUGGGUUGGCUGUCCAGACAGACUUCAAGAUUUCCACAACUCAGAGAUCAGAACCGGAAUGUGAUCUCCUGCAAGCAGUGAGAUACCGAUCAUCGGCGGUCCUGCUCACGUUUAAGGCCACAAAAGCCUCAACCUACAAUGGCCUGCCCAGGAAAUGUUGUGAAGACGGCAUGAAGGUAAAUCCGAUGGGACACAGCUGCCAAAAGCGAUCGGGCUUAAUCCUCGAUGGGAAAGAAUGCGUGGACGCCUUCCUGGAUUGCUGCAAUCACUUUACGAAAAAGAGAGAAGAAGAGAGACGCUUGAAGGAUGACGACGACAUGUCGAGAAGUGAAGAAGAUGAUGAGUACAUGCCCGAUACUGACAUUGUGUCCAGGACUGAGUUUCCAGAGAGCUGGCUCUGGAAAGUAGAGCAGAUGUCGGGGAAGCCAGAUGCUAACGGCAUCUCUUCAAAAGUCUUGAACAUUUUUCUGAAAGAUUCAAUCACCACCUGGGAGGUGCUGGCUGUGAGCGUGGCUGAAAACAAAGGGAUCUGCGUUGGUCAGCCAUAUGAGAUCCAGGUCAUGAAGGAUUUCUUCAUCGACUUGCGGCUGCCAUAUUCGGUGGUGAGGAACGAGCAGGUGGAGAUCCGAGCCGUCCUCUACAACUAUGGCAAUCUCAAGAUUAAGGCACGAGUGGAACUGACCUACAACCCCGAGUUCUGCAGUCUCUCGACACACAAGAAGAAGUUUCGCCAGGAAAUUUGGAUCAAGCCUCACUCCUCCACUGUCGUCCCCUUCAUAAUUGUGCCACUCACUUUGGGACAGCACGAUAUCGAGGUCAAGGCAUCCAUCGCUAAUAUGUUUAUGUCGGAUGGCGUUAGGAGGAAAUUGAAGGUUGUGCCAGAAGGACUUCGUCUCAUUCAUACACUCAAGUCAGUGAUUCUGGAACCCGAAGUAAAAGGUACAGAUGGAGUCCAGAGAGAAAAAGUUUCCGCGCUGAACGUGAAAAACAUCGUUCCCCAGACAGACAUUGAAACCAUUGUCACCAUUCAAGGAACUCCUAUCAGUCAGAUGAUUGAAGAUGCCAUUGACGGCGCCAAUCUAAAUCAUUUCAUCAAUUUACCGAGGGGCUGCGGUGAACAGAUCAUGGUCACAAUGACGUCCUGUGUAAUAGCCACGAUUUACCUCGAUACCACAAACCAAUGGGAGAAGAUCGGAUUAGAUCGCAGGGAAAAGGCCAUCAGCCACAUUAAAAGCGGUUACGAGGGAGAGAUGGCAUUUCGCAAAAGUGACAACUCCUAUGCAAUCUACCGGUCCAAUCCGUCCAGCACAUGGCUCACUGCGUAUGUUGCCAAGGUUUUUGCCAUGGCUCAGACCCUGAUAGAUAUUGACAGCAAUGUUCUUUGCGGUGCAAUCAAGUGGCUGGUGCUGGAGAAACAGAAACCAGAUGGCCUAUUCAAGGAGACGGCCCCGGUCCACUCUAGAGCCAUGACGGGUGGAUUGAAAACGACGACAGAUCCAGAUGCGGCCCUCACAGCUUUUGUUCUCAUUGCAAUGCUGGAGAGCGAGAAAGUCUGCGGCGAUUACGUCAAUAAUCUGAAGGGCAGUAUUGAAAAAGCAACAAGCUUCCUGGCGGACCGAUACCCAAAGUUAACAAAACCAUAUUCCGUUGCCAUCGCCUCGUAUGCUCUUGCGAUGGCCGGAGUCCUGAAAGAGACAAAGACGCUCAUGGCGGCGUCCACAGACAAUACCCAUUGGGUUGAAGAGGGUGCUCACCACAUCACCCAGGAAGCGACAUCUUACGCCCUCCUCGCUCUCCUCCGCAUGAAGGAGUAUAAACUGACGAGCCCCAUUGUGCGCUGGCUCAAUGAGCAGAGAUUUCAAAGGCCGAGCGAUGGAUCCACACAAGCUAUCAUCCUAUUGUUCCAGGCUCUAGCCCAGUAUCAAACAGACUUCCCAACGGUUGCUGAUUUAGCGCUUGAUGUUUCCAUUCACCUUCCCGAGAGACAGCAACCAUUAACGCAUCGCAUUAACCUGCAAAACGCCUUGUGGGCACGAUCCGCUGAGACCAGAAUCAACAAAGACUUUAUGGUAGAAGCAAAGGGUAAAGGACAAGGCACUUUAAAUGUGGUGACAGUAUAUUACGGCCUUGUGACGGAGAAGGAGAAAGAAUGCAAUAACUUCCACCUUUCUGUCAAGGUUCAUGAGGAACAUGAUGUUAGGCAACCCGAAGGCGCUGUUUCGACCAUAUCUCUAGAAAUUUGUGCCAGACAUCUGAAAAAUGUUGAUGCCACCAUGUCCAUCAUAGAUGUCUCCAUGCUGACUGGAUUUGCCCCAGACGUGGAGUCACUUAAUAAGCUAGCGAAUGGCGUGGACAAAUACAUCUCCAAAUUUGAGAUCAGCACUGAAGAAAAUGACAAAGGCACCCUCAUUAUUUACCUAGAUAAGAUCUCACACACGGAGGAGGAGUGCAUAAAGCUUUAUGCCCACCAAUUACUCAGAGUGGGUCUCAUUCAGCCCGCGUCCGUCACAGUGUAUGAUUAUUACAGCCCAGAGAGCCGCUGCACUAAAUUCUACCAUCCGGUGGAGGGCAGUAAUCUGCUGGGCAAGAUCUGCCAGGGUGACGUCUGCCGCUGCGCUGAGGAGAACUGUUUCAUGAGGCAGAGAAUAGAUGAAGAAGUCACAGCGGAAUUAAGAAUGGAAAAGGCAUGUGAGCCAGGCGUGGACUACGUGUACAAGGCAGUGCUCCUAAGGAUAGAAGAAAAGGAAAACUUUGACAACUAUGUGUUGAAAAUUCUUCGGGUUAUUAAACAGGGUACCGAUGAAGACGUUCAGGAUAAGGAACGCUAUUUCAUCAGCCACCGGAAAUGUCGCGACAAAUUGGAAAUGCAGGUCGGGCGAGAUUACUUAAUCUGGGGUGUGUCGAGCGACCUCUGGAGCCAACCAUCAGGCUAUUCCUACAUCAUCGGGAAGGACACGUGGAUUGAAUGGUGGCCGACGGACAGGGAGUGUCAGAAUCCGGAGAACCAGGAGCUUUGUGAAGUCUUCCUCUUAGUCUCGGAAAACCUGGAAAUGAUCGGCUGCCCAACAUAAGGACUCCGUUUGAUCUAACCUGUUAGGGAUUUUUUUAUGAUCUAAAAUAUGCAAAACCAAUAUUUUAUCAAUAUUAAUCCAAAGAGACACUCUAUAUUUUGUCUCUGAUCCUAAAUUCUUUCGGAUCACGCCAAAAUGUAUAAAUCAAAAUAAGAUAUUAUAUCUCCACGAUCAUCAAGAUAUUAUUUAUUGUGAAAACACAAUCUACAAAAUAUCGGUAUGAUCCGUGCAGUGAAAACAAGUCAAAAUAAAUAAUGACAUGCGUGUUAUUGAUCGGUUAUCAGGUGUGAAUUAUUGGCUUGUGGAUCCAGCGCAUGCAAUAAUGCAACAGGUGAAACGUAUCACAUGGUAUAAACAUCUCACAUCUAUC